AUGUUCAGGCCCACCACCACGCAGAUGAUCGGGAGUACGGCGUGCAUAGAGCACCUGAACAAGACUGUGAUCGUCAGCCUGACCACGAACACGAUCAUCACCACGAAUAGCAUGAUGUCCACCAACAAGGCCAAGAGCGGGAGCCCGGUCCCGAACUCGGAGACACCCGCGCCCACGACCGAGACCACGGACACGUCCAAGAACAUGAGCAAGGAGACGAGCGAGGCGCCGGACCCGAAGAAGACCGAGGAGAGCACCGGGGACCCGAAGCCGCUCAUGGGCAAGGAGAAGCUGGAGGCCGCGAGGAAGAGGGCCAGCGAGGCCACGUUGGUCACCCAGGCCGAGCGCACGAAGAUGUUCAACUCUGGGGAGGAGGGAACCUGGGCGGCCAAGAGCAUGAUCAGCCCCAAGCUCAAGCUCGGGAACGAGGGCGGGUACAUGCUCAUGGGCAGGACCAUCGGCGGCCCGCAGACGGAGCCCGACUGGACCCCCGAGCAGAGGAAGAUGAUCGCGCAGGUGGUCGGGACUGAGAGGCCGAUCGCGUAG